CGUUGUUUAUGUGAAUAUGAACAUGUGAAAUAUUUGGUAAUAUUGAGCUAAAAUCUCCAUAUAAACACUUUAGAAGAAGAAGAAGAAAUAUUUGGUAAAUAUGGAAGCAUUAAUCGGGGACGAAUCUUCGGAAUGUGAGCAAGAAUUGAGUAUUAACGAAGAUUAUGCUAAAAAAUAUACCAAAUGGAGAGAAAAAGAAGAAUUACAAAAACUUAAAGAUCGAUAUGGAGAAGACGGUUUAAGAGAUUCUUCCUCAGAAUCAUCAUCAUCUGAAGAAGAAGAAGAGGAAUUGAAUAAUGCUAUUGAAAAAGAUUUCUUGAAAGCUAUUAGUUUACUAAAGAGCAAAGAUCCUAGAAUAUAUGAUAAGAAUACUUACUUCUUCUCAGAUAAAGAAGAAAAUGACAACAAAGUUAAGAAGAAAAAGAAGAAAGAAAAACCAAUGUAUUGGAAAGAUCAGGAAAGACAAGUUUUGCUUGAAAAAGAUGGAGUAUUUUCAGAUGAUGAAACUGAGAAACUCCCUGCUGGUUAUUUGCUAAAUUCAAAACAAUACAAAGAAGAAAGAAAACAACUUAAAAAAAGUUUUGAAAUUUCAUCUGAUUCUGAAAGUGAUGAUGAAUUUUUAAAAGAGAAAAAAUUUCUUCAUAAUUAUUGGAAUAAUCCUGAUUUAAAUUCAGAUGAAGUAUUUUUGAAAGACUUUUUAUUAAAUAAAAAAUAUAUGGAUAAAGGUGAUUUAAAAACAUCAUUAAUUGAUGAUCCUAAUAUGGAAGACGAAGAAAAUCUUAGUGAAGAUGAAAAAAUACUUGAUCAACAAGAAACAUUUGAACAUAAAUUUAAUUUUAGAUUUGAAGAACCUGAUCCAGAGUUUCUUAAGAAAAAAGAAGAAUUAAUGCGUUUGAAAGCUCUUAAACGUAAAGAAAUUGAAGAAAAAUUAGAGAAAUUAAAAGAGAUUACUGGAAACUCAAAAAUGGCUUUUGAAGAUUUGGACUUUGAUUCAGAUUUUGAUCCUGAUAAAUAUGAUGAAAACAUGCAGAAAAUAUUUAAUGAUGAAUAUUAUAAAGAAGAAGAAGAAAUUCAAAAACCAGUCUUUCCAUCAGAUGAGGAAAUUGACGCUGAGAAUUGGGACAAUUGGACUAGAGAAAAUUAUGAAAAUCAAGAUGAUGCAUAUUAUGAACCACAUUGUGAAGAUCCAGAUUUUAUUAUGGAUGCAGAUUAUGAUCCUCAAAAAGAUUUUCAAAGGAAACUCAUAGAAUCAACAAAACGCAGGAAAGGAAAGAGAAAAUCAAAAUUUUCUGAAAUGAUUUCUGAGAAAAGACCAGAAUUUGAUCCUGAAAUUAGAAACUUUGAAAAUUACCUUGAUGAAUAUUAUAAAUUAGAUUAUGAAGAUAUUAUUGAUGACAUGCCAGUACGUUUUUCAUAUCGAAAAGUUGUUCCAAAUGAUUUUGGACUUACAGUUGAUGAGAUUUUGACAGCUGACGAUAAGGAAUUAAAUCGAUGGUGUUCAUUAAAGAAAACUUGCCAAUAUAGAACAAAAGAAGAAGAAAUAUAUGAUGUAAAAGCUUUUCAAAAGAAAUCUCAGAAUUUAAAUGCAAAGAAGAAAAUUUUAUUGCAUAGUUAUCAGGACAAGGAUGAUGACCAAUCAUCAGUUAUAAAAAAUGAAAAAACUCAAAAAAUCAAAUCUUUAGAUAAAAAUGGAGAAGGAACAUCAAAUCAGCAAAAAGUAUCAGUAUUUAUUGAUAAUAAAACAUCAUCCAAUAAUAGUUACAAUAAUAAGAAGAAGUGGAAGAAGAGAAACCUGAUAGAUAAUCCUCCUGAAACAAAAUGGAAUGACACAGAUAGCAUUCACAAAAAUAAAAAGAAGAGAUAUAAAAGCAAGAAUUCCCAAGUUAAUAAUAACUGUGGGUUCUCAGAUAACAGAUUAAAAGCUUAUGGUAUUAAUCCAAAAAAAUAUAAAAAUAAAUUUAACAGGAAAAAAAUAUAAAUAUUUUUAUAUGAGCAUUUGUAAAUAAAAACAAAAAUAUUUUAUUAAAUAUUAUUACUAAGUGAUUUU